GGCAGUGUUCAGUAAAUCUCAAAACAGAACUGAAUGUGGACAGCACCCGUUGCAAUGGGCCUCCAGUACGCAUUGCUGUUCGCAUUUGUCGCCACGGUUGAGGCCUGGCCGAAGUACGAGAAAUGGACGCCGGACUUUCACUGGACGAGAAAAAUGACCACAAAAAACACGGAAAACAACCCUACCUUCAACGACGCUGGACUUGGGUCUCUGCAAGAUGCAUGGCAGGUCCUAAAAGAAACAUCGAAUGAAACCUAUUUUCUGAUGUUUCGUACCGAAGGUCCCAUGUAUGACUAUAAAUGUGUCUCCGUGACAGGAAAUAUAACAAACAAAACGAACAAAACAGCAAGUUUUACAAUAACAUUCUACGAUGCGGAAGAAAAAAAAUACGAGAAUGUCACGAUCCAAGUGAGAGCACUGAAGCAAGCCGACUACCCGCUUGAAAAUGUUGUACGGGCAAACUUCGAAGGAAGACUCCCAGAUGCUACUCCAGUUCCUCCCGGAAGUUACACGUACGCUGAGAACGAUAACUCGACCUGCUAUUCCAGGGGUACACCCUUUCUGGAUGCGGGGAAUGCUGCAGAACCGCUGCUGGAAGCGAAACACGAUGAUGAUUUGCCCAAAAAGGUUAUAAACGAUAUGUUUUCCAUUCCUGGAAGUCCUCAGUAUGUCGACCUGUAUGUAGUAUACAACCAGCCGAAAUGUUACAUUCUCAGAAGUCCCGCAACCCUAGGAGGAUGCGACUUGUGGCUAAGCAAAACUGAGUUAAAAAGAAUAGUGGACGACCUGGGAGAUCAGAUUGUAAAAGAAGAACAUAAACUGAAGAAGGAAAUGGAGGAAAAAUAUGGAGUUUAUGAAAACUGUACUGCAACAGAAGAUCAAGAAGAUGACAUAAACUUCGGCGUAGAAGAUGGCGUUGAAAGAUGGUUUCAAGAUACUGUGUGGAAACGGGUUUCCCCCGACUGCAUUCUUGCUUUCUUGUUAGCCUGUGAAGAGCCAGCAUUUAGAGUUUACAAUCCCAUAACUUGUAAUAGCUCACUGACAGAGCAAUACGUGUCAUUUUCCUAGAUUUUUCAUGCAUGAUUCUCAACUGCAUGUCGGUUAGUGAAUGAACAGCGGUUUGUAUGCAAACAUGAUACAAACAA